AUGGAUAAUUCAAAUUUCUAAGAUCAACAAUAAGAGAUAAUAAAAAUUGAUGCAUUAUCUCAAUAUACAUACAAAAAUAAACAAGUCUCAUGGAAAGAAUCUUCAACUCAGAAUAAUCGACCAUAGAAGAAUAAUCAAUUGAAAGAAUAGACACAAACAGAAUGCUAAGCCAAACUCGAGGCACAAAGUCAAAACCAGGAAAAUGAUACGGAAUAAUUCUACCCUUCUCAAAAAAUAAAUAAAAAUUCCUUUGAAAAUGAAUUAAAAUAAGAGAUCUAGAGUCAACUUUAUUAAACAAAUGAUUAGCAUUAACAUUAAAUACUAUCAUAAGCUCGUAAGAAUUCACAACUAAAAAUUUAGCCUGCUUUUAAUGUCAAUAUCUAAAUUACUAGAAUUUAUCAUAAAAAAUCAAAUUCUUAAAAUCCCGCUUAGAGAUAAUAGAAUAGAAUAUAGAAAGAAAAAAAUGAAUUACAGCCCACUCAAUAAAUUUAAUCGAAUACGAUCUAAUCAUAAUACAGUGAAAUGACUAAUAAAAGUGAAGUAAGCCCUACAAUAAAUUCAGAGGUGAGUGGUACUUAAAAUUAAGAAUCCUUUGAAAUUAGAUUAAAAUUCUCAGAUGAUCCAGAUUUAUAAGCGAAACAGUAGCUCUUAUUAGAGAUUCAUGAUAUCUUAAAGUAAAUUAAGAUUAGGUCUAAUUGUAAGAGACACUCAAUUUUGGAAGAUGCUCUUUAAUUGUGUUUAAUGUACAUUCCGUAAAUCAGAGUAAAUAGACAUUCAUUUAUUUCAGAAUAAUUUUAUCAGUAAGCAAAGGAAAUUUAUUAGUUAGAAAGAAAUAGAUAAGCAUUUGCAAGAAGAUUCUAUCAUUUGUUAUUGUUUUCAAAUAGUUGGACUUUAUAAAAUAUAACGAAUAUUCAUAAAAUAAUAAUGAAAUAUCAACAAACUCAACUUGAAUCGUAUCAUCUAUUUUAUGAUAUUAAAACAAAAACCUUACAAUUUCCAACAUCAAUUGUUUUUAGAUAGAUGCCUGAAAAACCAAAAGUAAUCUAAUAAAUAAUACAAAAUGAAUAAAAUAAAAGGAUUGUUUUGUCAUUAACUACAAAAACACUUUUUUAAUAUGUAAAUCUACCCGCAAAAGAAAUCGAUGAGGAUAUUGAAGAGUUUGGUGACGAAUUGUAAUUUAUUGAUAUGAUUCUGAACCUAAUUCCUCUCGCUUUAUGA